AACUUGGUAUGCAUCAUCGGCUAUUUAUUGGGUUAUGUAAGGAUGUCUUAUGUAAGGUUACAUAACUGAAUUAGGACAAAGAGAAAAAUAUAUAUAGCCGCAAGUUUGUGGAUUAGGAGGAGAUUGAAUUUUGCUUUUGCUAAGAUGGCGCACAACGUUCCCCUACUCGUGCUCACGUUUCUCGUGCUCGCUGCCUUUAUCGUCGUCUGCGUCUUCAACGGACUCGCCAGCGGCGGUGCGAACACGGGGCUCUACAAAUCGAGCACGGGAGCGAUUUCUGACAAAUACUACGUCGAGAUUACGCCUGCUGGCUGGACAUUUUCAAUUUGGGGAUUCAUUUACACAUGGCAGGCACUCUGGAUCGUAUACGCUAUUGUAAACCUAUUCAGAAAAUCCGAGAAAGGACCCUACUACACGUAUCCGGUACUACUUCCGAUCCCCUUUCUGGUCACCUAUGUGAUCAACAUGGCCUUGAACUGCGUGUGGAUGGUGGUGUUCGAUCGAGAAAUCAUGGAAGCGGCGUUGGCAGUUUUGUUCUCGAUGUGCGUCACCUUGUACAUUUGUAUGUUCAUCUCCUACCGAAAACUCGACCAGUCUGUGCAAGUCCUCGAAAAGCAGAGCCGAUUUUCGGACGUGUGGCUCAUCCGAAUGCUUGUACAGAAUGGACUCGGGAUUUACGCCACCUGGUGUACAGUGGCCACGCACCUGAACCUCGCUUUCGUUCUCGUGUACAGAUCCGCUCAUGACAUAAGCAACCAAGACGCAUGCACCAUCGCCCUGGGUAUUUUGUCCGCCAUUAUUGUUCUAUUCAUAGUAACGGACUGGUUCUUCUUGGAUCGGUUUUCGCGUUACACAUUCACACCGUACUUAGUGUUGGUUGUAGCAUUCGCCGGAAGUUUGUCGAAGAACUACGAAGAAGGGGCAAGAAACACGACAUUUACAAUUGUACUUUUAGCGUUUUCUGGCUUCGCUACUGUUGUUAAAUUCAUUCUUCUGGUCUACAGGCACUGUAGACGAACGGAAGGUGGGGUUAGAAUCUCGGACGAAAGUAUUGUCAAAGUGUAACAUUCCAUUAUUAUGUACUAAAUACUGUGCUUUAGGGGAUGGAUGAAGGUCGGUGAUGCAAUGUUAAGAUUUUUGCGGGAGAAAAUCAAAACAAGGAGACAAACUAAUACAGUCUUAUUGAACUGUCAGACUUAUAUGCGUCAAUGAAAACCAUGUUCAACUCUAUACAUGUUAUGUGUUUUUUGUGUGUGUUAAUAAUUUAAUUUUGUUUUAUCCAAUGUCUCCACUCGUCAUUAUUAAAUUAUUGUCAUUUUAUUACUAUGUUAUACAUUUAUUUUGUAUAGUAAAGUGAAAUAAAUAAACUGUAUUUAGUUUUUAA